AUGGACUUGUCAAACGAGAGGGUAAUCCUCACGUAUGCACCACUAGACCCUGCUGCCUUGCCUGGAGAUGGCUUUUACCUUCAGGUUGUCGCUUGCAUCCGUCGCACGGUGUUGGAGCAGACGCCUACCUACUUGUUAAUAACGCCAGAUCCAUACGAAGAAUUUACCCCGUUGCCUUUCGACGAUCCAGAGUGGGACAGUGAUACUGGUGAUGAGGUCCACAACGCGCAGGAAAACGAACAUGGUGUGUCAUUGUUUGACCUGGAACAGCGAAGUCUGGAGCGGCAAGCUGGCACAGCGGCCGCUGAGGCCAAUGUGAUUAGUGUCGAUGAAGAUACUCCUGAAGAAGAAGGUGCUGAGGAAGAGGGUGGCGACGCAGCCUUGUGGAAUAUGAUAUGUCCUGCUAGCUUGGAGCACUUGCAGAAGCACCCUUCCGACGUCGCGGGCGCAAAGGAAGUCUACAUAGUGCGAGUUCCAUACCGCGUAAGACCCCACGAUGACUGUAUGCCGCUCGUAUGGGAUCUCUGA